UAGAGUUCAACCCCAUCGGACUCCUGACCCUCUUCUCUGCUCACACGCUCCCCCCCCAUCCCCCCAUCUUCUUCUGUCUCCUCGCGCCACCCUUCCUGGGUCAUCAGUCCCGCGAGACUCCCUCCUUUAGCCCCUAGGAAGUCCCCAGACCUCCUCAUUCGUCCCCUUCCGGAAGGAGUCUCAGCUCUGGCCUGCUGAGUGACCCUCCCCGCCCCCCUCCGCGCAGGCGCAGGGUGUCCCGGGCGCCCCCACCCCCGCCUCCCCACCCCCACGGCCGAAGGCUGGGCGCGGGCUGGUCCGAGGCGGCCGCGGCUCCAUGGGGCUCCUGGGGCUGCUGAGCCUGCUGCACUCAGCCUUUUUCGGGGAUCAGGCCAGAGCACUUUCCCGGCCUCUAUAGUCGCUCUGAAUCCUGGAGCUAUAACAUCCCCUGUUUAAGAAGCAACUGAGGCUGGAGGUGCAGCAGGGAGCCCAAGGUCACACCCUGAGCAGGGGCCGAUGCCUGAGUGCUCUGGGGAGGACGCGACUUCAGAGUACGAGACACUGCAGGAGCUGAAGAUGACGAGCUCUGUGGCACCUUACGAGCAGCUGGUGCGGCAGGUGGAAGCCUUAAAGGCUGAGAACAGUCACCUGAGGCAGGAGCUUCGAGACAACUCAAGUCACCUGUCCAAGCUGGAGACAGAGACAUCCGGCAUGAAGGAGGUCCUGAAGCACUUACAGGGCAAGCUGGAGCAGGAGGCCCGAGUGCUGGUGUCCUCGGGGCAGAUUGAGGUGCUGGAGCAGCUGAAAGCCCUGCAGAUGGACAUCACCAGCCUAUAUAACCUGAAGUUCCAGCCCCCAGCCCUGGGCCCUGAGCCCUCUACCCGGACCCCUGAGGGAAGUCCCGUACAUGGCUCCGGGCCCUCCAAGGACAGCUUUGGGGAGUUGAGCUGGGCCACAAUCCGGCUGCUGGAGGAACUGGACAGGGAACGGUGUUUUUUGUUGAAUGAGAUUGAAAAAGAGGAAAAGGAGAAGCUCUGGUACUACUCGCAGCUGCAGGGCCUGUCCAAGCGCCUGGACGAGCUCCCACACGUGGAGACACAGUUCUCUAUGCAGAUGGACCUCAUCCGACAGCAGCUGGAGUUCGAGGCCCAGCACAUCCGCUCGCUGAUGGAAGAGCGCUUUGGCACCUCGGAUGAGAUGGUGCAGCGGGCGCAGAUCCGCGCUUCACGCCUGGAGCAGAUAGACAAGGAACUGCUGUCAGCGCAGGACCGGGUGCAGCAGACAGAGCCCCAGGCCCUGCUGGCAGUGAAGUCGGUGCCUGUGGAUGAGGACCCUGAGACUGAGGUCCCCACACGCCCUGAGGAUGGUGCCCCUCAGCCGGGCAACAGCAAGGUGGAGGUAGUCUUCUGGCUGCUGUCCAUGCUGGCAACGCGCGACCAGGAGGACACGGCCCGCACACUUCUCGCCAUGUCCAGUUCUCCUGAGAGCUGCGUGGCCAUGCGCCGUUCAGGCUGCCUGCCGCUGCUGCUGCAGAUCUUGCAUGGCACAGAGGCUGGGGCUGGGAGCCUCAAUGGGACCCCCAGAGCGCCAGGAGCCAAGGACGCGCGCAUGCGCGCCAAUGCGGCACUGCACAACAUCAUCUUCUCCCAGCCAGACCAGGGCCUGGCGCGCAAGGAGAUGCGCGUCCUGCAUGUGCUGGAGCAGAUCCGCGCCUACUGCGAGACCUCCUGGGAUUGGCUACAGGCCCAGGAUGGCGAGCCAGAGGGAGGUGGUACCGGUGGCGCCCCGGUCCCCAUUGAGCCACAGAUCUGCCAGGCUACCUGUGCAGUGAUGAAGCUAUCUUUUGACGAGGAAUACCGCCGUGCUAUGAACGAGCUGGGUGGGCUGCAGGCCGUGGCAGAGUUACUGCAGGUUGACUAUGAGAUGCACAAGAUGACCCAGGACCCACUCAACCUUGCCCUGCGCAGAUAUGCUGGCAUGACUCUCACCAAUCUUACCUUUGGGGAUGUCGCCAACAAGGCCACACUGUGUGCCCGGCGGGGCUGCAUGGAGGCCAUUGUGGCCCAGCUGGCUUCCGAGAGCGAGGAGCUACACCAGGUGGUAUCCAGUAUCCUGCGCAACCUGUCCUGGCGGGCUGACAUCAACAGCAAGAAGGUGCUGAGGGAGGUUGGCAGCAUGACUGCCCUGAUGCAGUGCGUCCUGCGAGCCUCCAAGGAGUCCACCCUGAAGAGUGUGCUCAGUGCCCUGUGGAACCUCUCAGCACACAGCACGGAGAACAAGGCGGCCAUCUGCCAGGUGGAUGGUGCCCUGGGCUUCCUGGUGAGCACGCUGACCUACAAGUGCCAGAGCAACUCGUUGGCCAUCAUCGAGAGCGGCGGUGGCAUUCUGCGCAAUGUGUCCAGCCUCAUUGCCACCCGCGAGGACUACAGGCAGGUGCUGCGGGACCACAACUGCCUGCAAACGCUGCUACAGCACCUGACGUCGCACAGCCUGACCAUCGUGAGCAAUGCCUGCGGCACGCUCUGGAACCUGUCUGCCCGCAGCCCACGGGACCAGGAGCUGCUGUGGGACCUGGGUGCCGUGGCCAUGCUGCGCAACCUGGUGCACUCCAAGCACAAGAUGAUCGCCAUGGGCAGUGCUGCUGCCCUGCGCAACCUGCUGGCCCACCGGCCUGCCAAGUACCAGGCAACAGCCACCACCGUCUCUCCUGGUGCCUGCGCGCCCAGCCUGUAUGUGCGCAAGCAGCGGGCGCUGGAGGCCGAGCUGGAUGCCCGGCAUCUAGCCCAGGCACUCGACCAACUAGAGAAGCAGGGCCUGCCUGAGGCAGAAGCCGAGGCCACCUCCAAGAAGCCACUGCCACCACUGCGGCACCUAGAUGGGCUGGCCCAAGACUACGCCUCGGACUCCGGCUGCUUCGAUGAUGACGACGCGCCCUCCCUGGCUGCCGUGGCUGCCACCAUCGAGCCUGCCAGCCCUGCUGUGCUGUCCCUCUUCCUGGGCAGCCCCUUCCUGCAGGGGCAGGCGCUGGCCCAUGCCGCACCCACUGGCCUAGGUGGCCCGGAGGCAGAAAAGGAGGCCGGUGGAGAGGCAGCCGUGGCAGCCAGAGCCAAGGCCAAGCUGGCACUGGCAGUGGCACGGAUCGACCGGCUGGUGGAGGACAUUGCAGCCCUGCACACCUUGUCUGAUGACAGUUUCAGCCUCAGUUCUGGGGACCCCGGGCAGGAAGCACCAAGGGAGGGCCACGCCCAGUCCUGCUCACCUUGCCCGGGGCCCGAGGGUGGGCCGAGGGAGGCUGGUGGCCGCAGUCACCCACUGCUGCGGCUCAAGGCAGCCCAUGCCAGCCUCUCCAAUGAUAGCCUCAACAGUGGCAGUGCCAGUGACGGGCACUGUCCCCGUGAGCACACGCAGCCAUGCCCACUGGCUGCUCUGGUUGAGCACCACGAGGGGUCCCCAUGUGGCCAGGCACGGCCCAGCCAGCUUGACCUCAACCUGCUGGGUGGCCAGGCUGAGCCAGCAGCCCGGCAGGUCAUGGCCACUGACACCCGAGUGCGCACCAUCAAGCUGUCGCCCACCUACCAGCACGUGUCACUGCUUGAGGGCACGGCCAGGGCAGGCAGGGGGCCCCUGGCCUUUGGGACUCGGAAGCAGGCCUGGCUGCCUGCAGAGGACCUGAGUAAAGUGCCGGAGAAGCUGGUGGCAGAGGCAGCACCACCCUGCUUGUCCCGCUGCAGCUCCCUGUCCUCGCUGUCCUCGGCUGGACACCCCGGCCCCAGCGAGGUGGAGGACCUGGACGACAGUGACUCAUCCCUGGAGGGACUGGAGGAGGCAGGCACCAGCGAUGUGGAGCUGGAUGGGGCCUGGCAUGGGCCAGGGGCCACCUCCCUACCCAUGGCCAUUCCAGCGCCCCUGCAGGGCCGGGGUUUGGGGGUGGGGGACGCCACGCCAUCUAGCUCCUCAGAGAACUGUGUACAGGAGACACCCCUGGUACUGAGCCGCUGUAGUUCUGUGAGCUCACUGGGCAGCUUUGAGAGCCCGUCCAUUGCCAGUUCCAUCCCCAGUGACCCAUGUAGUGGCCUGGGCAGUGGCACGGUCAGCCCCAGUGAGCUGCCCGACAGCCCCGGGCAGACCAUGCCGCCAAGCCGCAGUAAGACUCCACCACUGGUCUCUGCACCGCCUGGCGAGCGUGACACCACCCAGUUCAGCCUGCAGUGGGAGAGCUAUGUGAAGCGCUUCCUGGACAUCGCCGACUGCCGGGAGCGCUGCCGGCUGCCUUCCGAGCUGGAUGCCGGCAGUGUGCGCUUCACGGUGGAGAAGCCAGACGAGAACUUCUCCUGUGCCUCCAGUCUCAGCGCACUGGCCCUGCAUGAGCAUUACGUGCAGAAGGAUGUGGAGCUGCGGCUGCUGCCUCCCGCCUGCUCAGAGCUCAGCGGUGGCAGCGGCCACAGCCUGCACUUUGCUGGGCACCGCCGGCGAGAUGAGGCCACUGGCCGCCGGGAGGGGCCACCUGCCACCAACCAGGAACUGGAGCUGCUGCGGGAGUGCCUGGGCGCAGCUGUGCCCACCCAGCUCCGCAAGUUGGCCUCAGCGCUGGUGCCUGGCCGCUGCACGCUGCCUGUACCUGUCUACAUGCUGGUGCCCACCCCGGCCCGGGAGGAUGACUCGUGCACUGACUCGGCCGAGGGCACACCAGUCAUCUUCUCUAGUACAGCCUCGCUCAGUGACGAGACGCUGCAGGGACCUCAAAGGGGCCCACCUAGUGGGCAUGCAGAUGGGCAGAAGCCUGCAGGCCAUGUGGCCCCUGCCAGGCAGGCCACUGGGCACAGGCACAGGGCUGGGGGUGUGGGCCAGAGCACAGAGCUAGCCUGGGGGUCAGCCAGGAACCGGGCAGGGAUGGAGCUGCCCCUCUGCAAGUCCCCGAUUACUGGAGUGAACAGGGAUGGUUCCCCCAUGGGCCAGAUGCACCGGAUGUGUGGGGAUGGGGUGCUGCAGUCCCUGUGCCUUACAACGCCCACCAAGGAGGCCGUGUACUGCUUCUAUGGCAGUGACUUAGAUGAGGAGCCAGCUGAGGCUGCAGUGGUGAUGCCCUCCCGGCGAGCGUCUGCUAUCCCCCAGGCAAUUAAAAAGGAGCGCCUGGUUGGCAGGAAGGAGGCACAGGUCACACCAAAGCCCACGCCACCUGCCCGGGCCCAGCCCAGCCUCAUUGCUGAUGAGAUGCCGCCAUGCUAUUCCCUGAGCUCCUCUGCCAGCUCACUCAGUGAGCCUGAGCCCGUGGUCACCAAGGACCCAGGCCCCAGAGGCGGGCAUGAUGGCUCACCCAGCACGCGGGCCCAGACGGACCUUCUGCGACACUCCCUGGGCUUAGCCACACCCGGGCACCGGCUCCAGGCAUCAGGCCCACGGCGCCGCAAGCCCCAAGCUGGCCGGCCAGGUGAGUGGCCAGCAGAGGGGCCCCGGGAGCCUGGCGAGGAGGCAGUGGGGUCGGACCAUGCCUCUGACCUGGACAGCGUCGAGUGGCGUGCCAUUCAGGAAGGUGCCAACUCCAUCGUCACUUGGCUUCACCAGGCGGCUGCGGCAGCCGCAGCAGCCACCUGUGAGGCCUCAGCAGAGUCUGACUCCAUCCUGUCAUUUGUGUCCGGGCCAUCAGUGGGCUCCACCCUGAAGCCCUCCCUGCAGAGGAAGGGGCAGCAGCCACGGUUGGAGGGCCAGACAGGCAGUGCCAUGCGGCUAGAGAAACGGGACAUGAACCUGGCCCAGUGUAGCAGCGGUCCCCGCUUGCCCUGCAGCCCUGGGAAGCCGCGUGGUGUUCAGAAGACCGCGUCCAGGGUGCCACCUGUGCUCCGAGGAAGAACAGUAAUCUACAUGCCAAGCCCAGCCAUGCAGGCCCAGCCCAGGGGUGGUCCCAGUCCCCAAACCACACCCAGGAAGAUGGGACUCCCAAGCUCCGAGAAGCCAGCGGCCCCCAUUGGAGCCCCCAGCCCCGGACAGCAGCGGUCUCAGAGCCUGCACCGGCCCGGCAAGAUCUCAGAGCUGGCAACCCUGAGCCCCCCCAAGAGGAGUGCCACACCACCCGCUCGCCUCACCAAGACACCCUCGUCGAGCUCCUCCCAGACCUCCCCUACCUCCCAGAACCUGCCCAGGAGGUCGCCCCUGGCAGCCCAGGCUGCGAGGCCCCUACCUGGCCCUGGGGCCUCAUCGGUGCCCAAGACACCUGCGCAGGCCCUGCUGGCCAAGCAGCACAAGACACAGAAGUCACCUGUGCGGAUCCCCUUCAUGCAGAAGUCGGCCAGGCGGGUGCCGCCACCCUUGGCCAGGGCAGCCCCACAGCCUGGCACCAGAGUCCGGGCAGGGGCCGAGGGGGGCCUGGGCACCCGGAGUGACCGCCUGGGCCUGGUUCGCACAGCUUCGGCCCGUUCCAGUGGCAGCGAGUCCUCCGAGCGCUCAGGCUUCCAGCGCCAGCUGACCUUCAUCAAGGAGUCGCCCGGCUUGCUGCGCACACGCCGGUCAGAACUGUCCAUGGUCCAAGCUGCCUCUGCCUCUCAGGGUAGCUCACCCCGCCGCAGCCGGUCUGCCCUGCCCACUGUCUUCCUCUGUUCCUCCCGCUGCGACGAAUUGCGUGCGGCACCCUGGCCAUGCCCAUCCCAGCCAUUUCUGUCCCCCCAGCAGCCCCCCACGGCCCAGCCCGGCCCCAGCCAGCAGCUGCCCCGGCGCACCAGCUCUGAGAGCCCAUCCCACCUGCCCAUUCGCAUGCAGGCUGCCCGGCCAGAGACGGUCAAACGCUACGCCUCUCUGCCCCAUAUCAGUGUGGCCCGCAAGCCUGAAGGUGCCACCCCAGGGCAUGUGGCUGAUGCUGCCCGCCGCAGCAGUGAUGGGGAGGCCCGGCCCCUGCUGAGGGUGGCUGCACCAGGCACCACGUGGCGUCGCAUCCGGGACGAGGAUGUGCCGCACAUCCUGCGGAGCACAUUGCCCGCCACUGCCCUGCCGCUUGUGGGCACCUCGCCCGAGGAGGGCCAAGGUGGCUCCCCACAGCGCAAGACCAGUGAUGCCGUGGUCCAGACAGAGGACUUUGCUGCCACCAAGACCAACUCCAGCACAUCCCCAAGCCUAGAGAUUAGGGGUCCCCUCCAGGCCCCAGCCAGCGGCCCAGCAUCCCUCUUUGGCAGCGACGUGGAUGGGCCAGGCCCUGCCAAGGCACCUGCUUCCAUCCCCUUCAUCCAUGAGGGCAUGGGGUUGGCUGUUGGGGGUUUCCCUUCCAGUCGGCACGGUUCCCCCAGCCGUUCUGCCCGAGUCCCACCCUUCAACUAUGUGCCCAGCCCCAUGGUAGCAGCCACCACUGACUCGGCUGUGCAGAAAAUCCCUGCCCCUGCUGACCUUCUGGAAUAGUGGCCUGGACCAGUCUUCCAGGACACUAUCUCUGGUGGAGGGCCAUCAGGCUGCCCCAGGGUGGUCUGGGACCCACCUGCCUACCUGGGUCCCCUCCCUCAGUGCCCCAUCCCAGCCUGAGUGGCCUCACAUCUCACGCUUGCUUCUGUGCCGCGGGGCCUCAGGGAGGAAAUGGGCCUCGCUCUGGACUUCAAGCCCAUGCCUGGCCCAUAUACAGAGACCACCCUCCCAGACCCCAGCCCCGUUGGGCCCAGGCAUCAGCAGGAGAGGGAGCCAGGGGAGGUAACAGCGCCUUCCCAAGGUGGGGGACAGGCUGCUGAGCGUGGCGCCAUCUAGUGCCCGCCAGCUGGGCCCAGGGUAGCAUCCAAGACCUGGGACAAAGCCUGUAAUUAUGGCAGCCGCUGGGUAAUUUGUUAAUGAGGAGUCUGCGGGUUUAUUUGUAUUUUCAGCCCCAGCGGAGAAGUGUGGCUGCGCCCUGCAGAGACAGCACUCCCUCCUCACCUGACAGCAACAUUCAGGGAGCCUGGAGCUCUGAGACCUGGGGCUAGUAGACAGAGGGGUUGUUGUCAGAACUGCCUAGAAGGAGCAGAGAAGAGUGAAGGCAGGCUGGCCUGGGUGAUGCGGGGCCAUCCCAUGUCCCCACUCCUGGCUGAGGGGGUGCUGGUUUCCAGCAGAGGAGGAAGGGAAAGGGGGGACCAGGGAGGUGGGUGGAGUCAGGACCAGCUGUGGUGGGCCAGAUGCUGUAGGAAGGAGGAUGAGAAUCACAGUGACAUCGGUUCACUUUAGCGACAACAAAGCCCUGGAUGUACCAGACGGCACAAAUGCAGGGACUGAGGUGAAGCUGGCUUCUGGUCUCUGGAGGAGGUACAAGGCCUCGUGCCCCAGGACUAUGGCCUGGCCAGCACAGGCCUGGGCUGCCAGGCUGCUAGAGUGUUGGUGCCAGAGGAGGUGGAAAGACAGAAGAGCACAGGGAGCCUGGGAGGCCUUGCGUCCUCCCCUCACUCCUGCCAGUGUGUGUGUGGGAGGCUGCUGGGGUACCUGCUCAGGGACCUCAGGGUUUGUGCCUUCCUGUAGAAAGAGCCAAUGACCUCUUUCCUGUUCUGGGAAGGAGCUGCUGUCACAGAUGCCCUGCAGAGAGCUGCUCCAAAGGGCCAGGGAGCAGACACUGUUUGGGGAGACUGACAACUCCAUGACUAAGUCCCUUCUCUGGGAGGAGGGGAAGUGGGGUUGAAAGUCAGGUGGAAGUACAGAAGGAGUCCCAUCCCCACCCAUGGAAGGAGCUGACCCAGGAGCAGAAGUGUUUCCUACGGCGGGACCAUCCUCAACUCCAGGGACCCUGUGAGCCAUGCUGACCCUAGCAUCCACAGACACCGUGGUGCCACUGCAAACACGUGUCACGUAUUAUACAAACCCCAGAAUGCCCCGUCCUGCAGCACAGGCGCCACAGGCAGAACACAGGAAUGGCUGGGUGCACUGAAUGCUCCUCCUGUGACCAAUUUUCCCAUGACAAGCUGGCACGCAGCGGACAGUGGUGAUGACGGCUGGGCAGGGCGUUGCACAGGCUCAUAGCUGAUCCCUUGGAAUAUACGAGGGGGGGGUGUCUCAGAUAUGUCUCAGAGACCAUGGGUCCCUGCCCUCAUUUGUAGCUUGAAAGGACAGGAUUGGGUGGUCCGCUCAACUUUUUGGAUGCAGGGGCUAUCAGACGUCCACUCUCACACUCGCCCCCAGCCAGCUGCUCCCCAAAAUGGCCUGGAAGAGGAAGCGGCACAGACCCACCCUCAGCUCACCCAGCCAUAGGGGAUCUGGGCUGGUGGGACCUGGGAUGGGCACACCCAUGCACUGUGAGACCCUGGGCAGUGCUCUCAAUGCCCUGUGCCUCAGUUUUCCCAUGUGGGCCAUGGGGAGAACCCCCAGAGCUACCUCUCCAACAAACACAGUGUCUGCCGUGACUGGGGGAUGAAGUGACCCUCUCUGCCUGCCCCUUGUCCGGGCCAGCCUCAGAAAGAGACAGUUCCCACCUCAGCCAGCACACGGAGCUUGUGCCCCAUCCAUGUCCGGUGGCCACUUUUGCCUUCUCUGUCCUCCUGUGGUGGGGGCAUAGCCACACCUUAUAACCUGGCUGGACAGGAUGCUGGGGGCCCUGGGCCCUGAAGAGCAGUGGUUUUCUGGACAAUUGGUUCCAGACCGCAGCUGGAGGAGGAAAGUCUCAGGACCCAAAGGAUGUCUCCCAUGAAGCCUUUAUCCUCUUGGGGUUGCUCAGCCACCUGGCCACACUGAGGAGACCCCCAUCUACCUUGGGAGCAACCCUUGCCUGUGACCUCGGGACCCCACCACCAGCUGGGUGCUGAAUUUGGGGCAACACACCCACCAGUGCAGCAUUACCUCACCCCCUCCGCCCCCGUCUGUCACCCAGCCCAAGCCUGGUUGUCCUGGUCCAUCCCCCUCCAUCCUCCUGCAUCUCCACCCUGGGUCCCUGCAGUUACAGGACAUGUGUAAAUACAUACAGCCCUAUCUUACCCGACUCAACUUAAAGCCAUCGUCUGGCAGAAGGAAGGCGCGGAACCAGGCGUCUUAUGUGCACCUUUAAUAAAUGGAGCUGUUGAAUCACA